AUGGAAAAAUUUGAGCCCGGUAAAGUUAAAGAAAUUGGGGAGAUACGGCUGCAGCUUGGCAUAUUGGUAAUUAGCUUAGAAGAUCACAGUCAUGUGGCCGGUCUUCUUGGCUAUAGUUCUUCGGAGGAGAACUCUGCUGUGUCGUAUGAAACGUCCUCAACACUUCCAAGAGAUCUCAUGCAUACACUUCUUGCUAAUUUGGGAUUCCAUGUGAAACACCAACUUAAUCAACUUCUGGAUGAAGAGAAACCAGGGAAAAAAGGAUCUGCAAAAGCUCCUUCAGAUGGUGAUCAAGCUGUGCAAGAUAAUAAGGAGGUCAUUACUGAAGAAGCUACAGAAACCCAAAAGUCUCAGGAGGGUGAGUAUCAAGAAUCUUCUGCAGCAGCAUCACAUCCAGGAACACUUCCAAAAACAUCUUUGUCUGCUACAGUUUUAGAAGAAUAUGGGGGAGAUAAUGGCUACGAUAGUAUGAGCGGUUUGCGACAACAGUGCAUAGACUCUCAGCUCUGGGGUACGCAUCCACAACAUCUGUUAAGACUUCUUUCAACUCUACAUUCACAUUUGCUCACCUAUUGUACGCACCAUCAGUUUGAAGAGAACUCCUUAAGCAUGCAACUGCUGAAUGAUCAUUUCCAUGAAUUGUUUGGGAUGUGUGGAGAUUUACUGAAGCUGACUUCUAAAUUUCUAGCCUCCCACCCUGGGCUAGCUCAUGUAAUACAUGAUGUUGUGUAUCACAGUGUAUGUGGGUGGGUAUUAGCACAUGUGGUUUAUGCUCUCCUGCUUUUCCCUGCACGUCUUGUUCGUCCGUUGCUAGGCUCUCUUAGAGCUAUUCUUCCUAUAUUGGAUUCAGCAAAUCGAACCAUUGCUUCUGUAACAAACUUCACUGACCAGGAAGAUGUGACAUCAGAAGUUGACACUCCAACGCCAGACACUGUGAAAAGUGUAGGGGGAGGGGUUGUUGGAAGACAGUGGGCUUGGCUUCUUGAUGUAGAAAGAGCAUGUGGACUGGUUGUUGGUCGAUGCCUGGAAGGAAUGCUCCUAGGCCCUCCACUUACCUCAAAUGAAAUAAGAAGCAAGCCUUGGUUAUCUUUGCAAGUUUUUUCAUGUGGUCUUGCCUCAGAAGAUCUAAGUUCUGAUCAAGUGAGUGAUUAUAUCAGUCAAGUUUGUGCAUUUGUUGAGUGUGGUCACAAGAAAGAAGCCAUUGUUGAAAUACUGUAUCGCCAUGCAGUUUCUUAUCCCCAGCUUACAUCUCCACUCAUUUCUAUACUCAAGUCUAACAACCAGAUUGUGUUAUGGAUGGAUGAGAUGGCAUGCAGUGAAGACUGGGAUACUUGUGAAGUGAAGGAGGAUAACCUUCUAAACAUUACAACUCACCUCCUGCUGUCCACAUUCUUGUUACAUACUGGUAUAUCACAGUCUCAUCUCGGACUUCAUUGCUAUCCAGUCAUGAGAGAGAUGUUUCGAUUAGUAUAUCAUGUACGACGUCGACUUGUAACAUUAAAAACUCAAGAAGACUCAGAACGUGAGAGGUCUACUGCAGGGUCAGAUAUUGCUCCAGAAGAAGAUCGAACAAGGGUUGAAAGGGAAAUUGUUGAACAGAUGCUGUCUCUUAGAGUACCCAUGAGUCAUGAACCAGGUUCAAGUGAAGACCAAGAAGAAAUAAGAGAACUUCGAGAACGUUUGAUGUCCAUGAGAACUCCUGGCGCAUAUGAAGACACAGAUGCUGAUGAAAGUGGUCAUGAUGCAACUGAGGAAGGUGUUUGCUAUGAGGAAGCCAGUCUCCAUAUAGUAACUCAGAGUCUUUUUGCUUUUGAUUGCUGUAAACCAGCCCUUUAUUACCUAAAGGGUCUGCAGAAUUGUCAUUGGAUGAAGUGACUGCCCUGGUUAUUGGUCGUUGUGUUGAAAUACUGAGGUUUGUUGGGGCUGAAGACCAUCAGUUAUCCUCUGUGAAAACUGGUCUUAACCUACCUCCAGGCCCUGAUGUCAUAUUGUCAUCUAUGGUUACUCAGCAAAC